AGGAGAUUGCGGUGCAUUGUGGGAGGGUACCCAGUGUUUGGCAACAGCAGCCUUAAGAAACGUGAAUGAAUGUUAAAAAAUAGAUGUAAAUCUUAUGAAAUACUGCAUGGAGGCCGUCUUUGUUAAAUGGGACUCAAUGUUUAGUACCAGAUGUGCAGAGAAAUACUGACAGAAAUUAAUGAAAAUGGAACCCACAGAUGAAGAGCCAAAUGCUGGAAAUGAGGUGUCCGCACCAGGACGAUCACAUUCAGUUGGAGGUAAUGCUGUGUCAGCAAAAGCAGCUUUAAAAAGAAAGUCUGAGGGGACACAGAAGAAAAGAGCAAAGACGGCUCGACUCGGAUACACUGUUCACCAGGGAGAAGAUAUGCUCCUAAUUGUGUCCAGCAGCAUGUCUCAGUAUGGAGAGACACGGUAUACUAAACCGAAAAAAAGAAAAAAAAAGAUGAAGCUUGUUAAAAACAAAAAGACCUUGGUCCAGAAUAAAAAGAAAAAGGCAGGCCCAAAGCCUGUUCUUACUCAGGAGCCUCUAAUAGAAAAAGAAGAGGAAUCUCCUCCACUGGAGGCAAUGGAUAACCGAUGGGGAGAGAGUCUUCCAGAGGAGGUGCUUAUUAGAAUCUUCCAAAAGGUAGUUGUUCAAGAUGGAGCAGUGCCAUUUCUCUGCAGAGUUGCUAGAGUGUGUCGAUUAUGGUACACAGCAGCCUCCAGCCCAGCCUUGUGGCGUAGUGUCACUGUCGGCCACUGUUGGAUAGAACCGAGGAGGAGCCAGCUGCCCAAGACUGAGAAGAAGAUUAAAGACACUAUCAGCUGGCUUGCAGAAAACAGAUUCUCUCAGCUACAGGAGUUUUCUCUGUGUCACUGGAUACGUAAUGUGAAUCAUGCCGUGCAAGUUGUGUCUCAGUCUUGCCCUCACCUGCGCUGUCUAAAACUGUCACACUGCUCAGGUUUAACAACAAAGGCCUUUGACAGCAUCAGUCUCCAUAGUCAGUCACUGCAUAGAAUAGAUCUUCAGUACUCUGAGUUUCAGGUUGAAGGUCUUCAGGAUUUCCUUGAAUCUAAUGGUAGCCAGCUCAGAGAAAUAUUAUUCACACACGGACCUAAACUAGAUAGAGUACUGGCUGCCCUCAGCAGGGGUUGCUGUCCUCAUUUAGAAUUGUUGGAGAUAAACAGAAAACUGGACACUGAACUUUGUGAACUGCAUGUCUGUAUCCAAGGACUGCAGACGGCUUGUCCUAAACUCAAAACUUUAAGAAUGAUGAAUGUAAUACCAAUGAAUAAAAACAUGCGUGGUCUGGAGUCAUCCUGUGGUUUUCCGAUGUUGGAAGAGCUCUCUUUGGCCACCACGUCGUACAGUUUCACUUCAGAUAAAGACCUUCUCCACAUUCUUUUCGGGUCGACCAAACUGCGGGUGUUGGAUCUCAGAGGAUGUUCCAGGAUCACAUCAACUGGACUGGCUGCUCUGCCCUGCUCUAAUCUUGAGUGUCUCUUCUGGGGUCAGUAUUUCAAUGGCAGUAGCAUGUUGUCACUGCCCAGAACUGGACUUCAUUUGGUGACUCAAAAGUGGGGCGCGACUCUGCAGCAGCUGGACAUUGCCAACCAGCCCUUCACGGAGGAUGACCUAGAGUGUGCCAUAGGUUUCCUCUCUCAAACCCCUGAAACUCUAUACUCCCUCAACCUCAGUGGCACCAGGAUCACACCAGCACCACUCAAGGCACUACUUGGGCAAGCAAGUUCCAUAAAGUACCUUAACCUGUCAUCAUGCCGCUGUCUCCCAAGAGGACUAAAGCGGAUUUACAGAGACCAGGAAGAUAUUCAUCAGUUUCUUGAGAAACUGGAGUAGUGAUCUUACUUUUCAUUUGCUAUUCAUUUGAUGCCCCUCUUGUGCUGUGUCCAUGUUAACUACUAACUAAAAGUAAAUAAUGGUGUCAGUUUGCCCAGUUACAUACUUCAUACUUUGGGUGGCAUUUUUUAACAUUCAGUGCAUUCAUACAUUCAGUGAUCUAAACAAAAUGUAUCUAGAUACUUUAAUAUGUACUAUUUCCUACAUGGAUGUUUUCAUACUUUAAUUCAAUAAUGUGAUAUCCUACAUUUUUUGUAAAUAAAGUCUUUUAAAUAUUA